AUGGGGACGGCGGAUGACCCCGAGGCAUUCCUGGAUCUGUUCGAGCGCACCGCCAAGAUCUGGGGUUGGCUGCUUGGCCAUCUGAUGAGCUGUAAUCUGACAGAAAAAAGUUGUUCAGCACUGGCCUCAGUUCUCAGCUCAAACUCCUCAAGUCUGAGAGAGCUGGACCUGAGUAACAAUGACCUGUGGGAUUCAGGAGUGAAGCUGCUCUCUGAUGCACUGAAGAUUCCUCAAUGUACACUGGAGAAACUGAGAUUAUCUGGCUGUAUGGUGACAGAGGAAGGCUGUUGUUAUGUGGCUUCAGCUCUAAGUUUAAACCCCUCACACCUGAGAGAGCUGGAUCUGAGCUACAAUCAUUUAGGAGAAUCAGGAGUCAAACUGCUCUCUGAGAGACUCAACGAUCCAAACUGCACACUGGACAAACUCAAACUUGCAGGCUGUAAUCUCACUGAUGAGUGCUGUGAAAGUUUGUCUUCAGUUCUACAAUCAUCAUACUCCCUGAGAGAACUGGACCUGAGUAACAAUGACCUGCAGGAUUCAGGAGUGAAGCUGCUCUCUGAUGCACUGAAGAGUCCUCGCUGUACACUGGAGAUACUGAGAUUGGCAGGUUGUAAUCUCACUGAUGGGUGCUGUGAAAGUUUGUCUUCAGUUCUACAAUCAUCAUACUCCCUGAGAGAACUUGACCUGAGUAACAAUGACCUGCAGGAUUCAGGAGUGAAGCUGCUCUCUGAUGCACUGAAGAGUCCUCACUGUACACUGGAGAUACUGAGAUUAUCUGACUGUAUGGUGACAGAGGAAGGCUGUUGUUCUGUGGCUUCAGCUCUGAGUUCAAACCCCUCACACCUAAGAGAGCUGGAUCUGAGCUACAAUCACCCAGGAGAAUCAGGAGUCAAGCUGCUCUCUAAAAGACUCAACGAUCCAAACUGCACACUGGACAAACUCAAGUAUGUUGAGCUGUAA